ACUAACAAGUGCGUUAAAUAAAAAUUUUAGAUUUAACUAUGGAUUUCUAUUACUUGCCUCCCUCACCACCGUGUCGUGCCGUUGAAAUGUGCGCCAAAGCUGUAGGUGUGCAACUAAAUAAGAAAUUGAUCAAUGUAGCGGCUGGCGAGCAAAUGGAUCCAGCUUUUACUAAAAUCAAUCCUCAACACACUAUACCCACCAUAGUAGAUGGUGAUUUUGUCUUGUGGGAAUCUAGAGCUAUACUCAUUUAUUUGGCUGAGAAAUAUGAUCAAUCGGGUUCCCUUUAUCCCAAGGUGCCCAAAGUAAAGGCUUUGAUUAAUCAACGUCUUUACUUUGACAUGGGUGUGUUCUUUAAGAGUUUUGUGGAUUAUUUUGUGCCCGUUGUUAUGAAAAAUCAGCCCGCUGAUCCUGAAAAGUUCAAACUAGUCGAAGAGGCCUUUAAUCAUUUGGAAACCUUUAUGACUGCCAAAUUGUAUGCUGCCGAUACCGACACCUACACCAUUGCCGAUAUAGCCCUAGUCGCUACCAUGACUAAUUUUGAAGCUGUAGGUUUUGACUACAGCAAAUAUCCAAAUGUAACCAAAUGGUAUAAUAACUGUAAGCUAGUAAUACCUGGUUAUGCUGAAAAUGUGGAGUCUUGCCAUGAUUUAAAAUAUUUCCAACCUAAACAGUAACAUGUUUGCACAAAAAUUUAUAUGUAGAUUUGCUGCUGCUUACUAUAGAGAUUAAAAAGAUAGAAAAGAAAAUAGUUUUCUUAUAUUAAGAAACGAAAUACAAAAAUACACGAAAAGUGCAAAAAAUUGUAACUCAAAUUUCUCUUUUUUAUUGAAUAAAUAUGUGAAGUAGAAGAAAAAAAACUUAAACGCAAAAA